AUGGAGUCUUUCAUCAGGCUCUGUAUACACUGUGCUCCGGUGAUCCGCCUGUACCGCCUGUACCACAUGUACCAUCUGUACCACAUGUACCGCCUGCACCACAUGUACCGCCUGCACCACCUGUACCACAUGUACCAUCUGUACCACAUGUACCGCCUGUACCACAUGUACCGCCUGCACCACAUGUACCGCCUGUACCGCCUGUACCACAUGUACCGCCUGUACCACAUGUACCGCCUGCACCACCUGUACCACAUGUACCGCAUGUACCAUCUGUACCACAUGUACCGCAUGUACCAUCUGUACCACAUGUACCGCCUGUACCAUCUGUACCACAUGUACCGCCUGUACCAUCUGUACCACAUGUACCGCAUGUACCAUCUGUACCACAUGUACCGCCUGUACCGCCUGUACCGCAUGUACCACAUGUACCGCAUGUACCACAUGUACCGCCUGUACCACAUGUACCGCCUGCACCGCCUGUACCGCAUGUACCACAUGUACCACAUGUACCACAUGUACCGCCUGUACCGCAUGUACCACAUGUACCACAUGUACCGCAUGUACCGCCUGUACCACAUGUACCACAUGUACCGCAUGUACCGCCUGUACCGCCUGUACCGCAUGUACCACAUGUACCGCCUGUACCACAUGUACCACAUGUACCGCAUGUACCGCCUGUACCGCCUGUACCGCAUGUACCGCAUGUACCGCAUGUACCGCAUGUACCGCCUGUACCACAUGUACCACAUGUACCGCAUGUACCGCCUGUACCGCCUGUACCGCAUGUACCACAUGUACCACAUGUACCGCCUGUACCGCAUGUACCACAUGUACCGCAUGUACCGCAUGUACCAUCUGUACCAUCUGUACCGCAUGUACCGCCUGUACCGCAUGUACCACAUGUACCACAUGUACCGCAUGUACCGCCUGUACCACAUGUACCACAUGUACCACAUGUACCGCUUGUACCACAUGUACCGCCUGUACCACAUGUACCGCCUGUACCACAUGUACCGCCUGCACCACCUGUACCACAUGUACCGCCUGUACCACAUGUACCGCCUGUACCGCCUGUACCACAUGUACCGCCUGUACCACAUGUACCGCCUGCACCAUCUGCACCGCCUGCACCACCUGUACCGCCUGUACCACAUGUACCGCCUGUACCGCCUGUACCGCCUGCACCGCCUGUACCGCCCGUGUUGUGUUAGCUUUGAGAACACAGGAGGAGCAUGUGAUGUGUGUGUUCUAUUAAUCAUGGUCCAGCACGGCAGUGGCUGCAGCGGCAGCUGUGGCUGUAGAGGCGGCUGUAGCGGCGGCUGUACCUCUCUGCCGUUCUUGUUGCACAGGAAUAAAAAGCUGAUGAACUCCUGCUAA